UAACUUGACGUACGCUAUAACGUGUUAUAAAUAGUUUUAUACAACAUAUGUUUACAACCCCUGUGUCAUAACGAUAAUAAGCAAUGUUCUUCAUCUGGCUCCUCAUUGGCGCCUGCGUCGCGCUCGGCGCCUGGCUCUACCGUAACUACACCACGCUCUCCUACCACGGCAUCAAGCAUGGCCCCUUUGUCCCGCUGCUGGGAGACAUGGCCGGCGUGACGUUCUUGAAGGAGCACGUUACUGAUGUCAUUAUGCGCGCUUAUAACAGCUUCCCUAAUGAGAGGCUGGUGGGUCGCUACGAAUUCCUGACCCCCUACAUCAUAGUGAAGGACCCGGAACUCUUGAAGAGGAUCACAGUCAAGGACUUCGACCACUUCGUCGACAGAAGGAUCAUUGUCGACGCCAAAGCUGAACCUAUGUUUGGCAGAAAUCUUGUCUCUUUGAGAGGUCAAGAAUGGAAGGACAUGCGGUCGAUGAUGAGUCCGGCGUUCACCAGCUCCAAGAUUAGGAACAUGUUGCCGUUAAUCGUGGAGGUGGGAGACCAGAUGAUGGUGUCUUUGAAGAAGCAACUUAAAGAGAGCGGACGUGAUUACAUCGACGUAGACGUCCGGGCCCUCGCAACUCGCUACGCCAACGACGUAAUAGCGUCCUGUGCGUUUGGACUGCGCGUCGACUCACACUCCGACCCCGAUAACGAGUUCUUCAAGAUGGGCGCCGCGGCUACUAACUACACCUUCACUCAGAUACUCAAGUUCUUUGGGCACUCUGCGUUCCCAGGGCUUAUGAAGAGAUUCGGUAUUAAGGUUCUCUCGGACAGCACGAGAGCUUUCUUCAACCAUCUGGUGUGGGACACGAUGAGGGAACGCGAGCAACACGGCAUCGUGCGCCCGGACAUGAUCCAUCUCCUCAUGGAAGCCAAGAAAGGUCGACUAACUCACGACGAUUCUGGGAAAGAUGCUGACGCCGGAUUUGCGACUGUUGAAGAGUCUGAUGUUGGGAAGAAAUCUGUGCAUCGAGACUGGUCAGACACAGAUCUGACCGCUCAAGCAUUCAUCUUCUUCCUCGCCGGCUUCGAGACCGUCUCCACAGCCAUGAGCUUCCUCAUGUACGAGCUGGCCCUCAACCCUGAGGUCCAAGACAAACUGGUUAAGGAGAUCAGGGAGCAGGAGAAGACUGGCAAGUUCGAUUAUGGGGCUAUACAGAGGAUGACUUACCUGGAUAUGGUGGUUUCAGAAACAUUACGGCGCUGGCCUGCAGCAGUAGCGACUGACAGACUUUGCAUCAAGGAUUACAAUUUGGGAAGACCUAACGACGAAGCAACAACCGAUUACAUAAUAAAGGCCGGGGAAAGCCUCACCAUCCCCAUAACGGCAUUCCACUACGACCCUCAAUACUUCCCGGAUCCCAUGAAGUUUGACCCUGAGCGAUUCUCCGAAGUGAACAAACACAAAAUCAAACCUUCGACGUACAUGCCUUUUGGAAUAGGACCACGAAACUGCAUUGGCUCCCGAUUCGCGUUGUGCGAGGUGAAAGUGAUGAUCUACCAGCUCCUACUGCAUGUGGAACUGUCCCCUUGCGAGAAAACAACCAUCCCUGCGAAGCUCACCACGGACACCGUCAGGCUGAGGCUAGAGGGGGGACAUUACCUGCGGAUGAAAAUGAUAUUCCUUAUCUGGCUGGUGGCCAUCACAGCAGCAGUUCUGCUCUACUGUCACCAGUCUUACUCCAGGUUCAGCAAAUAUGGCGUCAAGCAUUUGCCCCCAGUGCCGCUAUUGGGAGACAUGGCGAGAGUGUUCUUUCGUAGGGAGCAUUUCUUUGAGAACGCUAAGAGGAUUUAUGAUAGCUUCCCUGGAGAGAGAUUCGUGGGCCACGUGGAAUUCGUAAGGCCCAUGGUGUUUCUCCGAGACCUCGAGCUGGUGAAGCGGAUCACAGUGAAAGACUUCGAGCACUUCCUCGACCACGCCGUGGUUGUUGACAAAACUAUCGACCCUCUGUUCGGGAGGAACCUGUUUGCUCUGAAAGGUCAGGAAUGGAAAGACAUGCGGUCUACUUUAAGCCCGGCCUUCACCAGUUCCAAGAUCAAACUGAUGGUGCCUUUCAUGGAAGAAGCUGGAGAAAACAUGACCAUAAGACUGAAGAGAGAGAUACAGGAGUCUGGAAAAAACUACGCCGACGUUGACUUUAAAGACGUAUGCAACCGCUACGCCAACGAUGUCAUCGCGUCUUGCGCCUUCGGCCUCAAGGUGGACUCGCAGAACAAUGAGCCAGAAUUCUACAAGAUGGGGAAGGUGGCUGCGCAGUUAACCUACGUUCAGAUGCUCAAGUUCAUGGGGUUUCAGUGUAUCCCUACAAUUAUGAAGUACUUGAAAAUGAGAAUCUUCACGGCGUCGACUCAGAACUUCUUUAGGCAGCUGGUGACACAGACGAUGAGGGAGCGGGAAACACAUAACAUCAUACGGCCGGAUAUCCUCCAUCUACUCAUGGAGGUUAAGAAAGGAAAUCUUAAACAUGAGGAGGAUAACACAGCCAGUGAUGCUGGGUUUGCGACCGUAGAAGAGUCUAACGUUGGAAAAGCAGCAACCACAAAAAGUGUCUGGACUGAUGACGACCUGAUAGCUCAAGCAGUCAUCUUCUUCGUGGCUGGCUUCGAAGGCGUUGCCCAAGCCAUGACCUUCCUUGUCUAUGAGCUGACUCUCAACCCAGAGGCCCAAGAUAAGCUGGUGCAAGAGAUUAUGGAGAAUGAGAGGAGGAAUGGCGGGAAGUUUAACUACACAUCUGUGCAAGAGAUGACGUAUUUGGAUAUGGUUGUUUCAGAACUAUUAAGACUGUGGACACCAGGCAUUGCUCUUGAGAGGAUAUGCACAAAAGACUACAACCUUGGAAGGCCGAAUGAUAAAGCUACUAAAGAUUAUAUAAUUCGCAAGGGAGAAGGCGUAAAGAUUCCCACUGGCGCCUUCCACCUCGACCCUCAGUACUUCCCUGAGCCCCACAAGUUUGAUCCGGAGCGCUUUGCACCUGAAAACCGCCACAAGAUUCAUCCCUUUUCUUUCAACCCUUUUGGAUGUGGCCCGAGGAACUGUAUAGCUUCCAGAUUCGCCCUCUGCGAGGUAAAGGUGUUGAUCUACCAGGUGCUCAAGCAUGUGGAAGUGUCGCCAUGCGAGAAGACCGUCAUUCCGAUCCAGCUGGAUAAGACCUCCUUUAACCUGAUCAUCAAGGGAGGACACUGGAUUCGGGUGAAGGCUAGGGGAUGAGAGAAGGAGGAACUGCCGUUUCUAAAUGAAGCAAGAACGGACGCAAAAGUUUUUUUUUUACUUUAAAAAAAUUCUUGAACUUAUAUUUUUUAUAACAAUAAAAGUUUAAGUUUAUACAA